AUGGAAUCUCUCGUUGGCAUGGCUUCGAGUCAGCGAAGAAUAAUGCCCGGAGCACCAUGCUUGGAAUGUCGGCGGCGAAAGAUCGGAUGCAACCGCUCUCGCCCUUGCUCAUACUGUGUCAAGACCAAAGUCCAGUGCAUCUACCCCGUACCGGCUGUGACCCCUAACACACACGACACAGACAAGAUCGAGUCCAUACAGCGGACAGUUGACGGUGUUGAGGAGAGGCUAAGCGCUCUUGAGCGACAUAUGAAUGAGCUUAAGCUACUCUUGAUGGACAGGAAUUCCCCCUUGCGCUGUUUACAGGAUGCAAGCAACCCAGAACCUGAAGCUGCAGUGGCUACGCAUGAAACGACACUGUCAAGUCCAGCGACACAACCAAUAGCUACUAUUCACCCAGUGCAAGAGAGCGAUGAGAUCCUCUCCCCCAUCACUCUCGUGUCAUUGUGGCAGACAUAUUUGGAGAGAGUAGACCCGCUAAUCAAGCUGAUCCAUGUGCCUUCUACCCAAAAGAUAGUCCUGCAGGCAUGCAAAAACCCGAAGGUCGCAAACCCGAAUACAGUUUGCUUGACGUAUGCAGCUGCUUAUGCUGCAAUCGUGAGCAUGUCACCGAUGGAGUGCAUGUCGGACCUUCAAUAUAUUUGA